UUCAGCAGCUCGCCUCACAAUCCUCCCUGGCAUGGACCGCAAGUGUGAGGAGAGGCCCGCAGAGGAUGGGAGUGACGAGGAGGACCCUGACCCCAUGGCAGCCCCGGCGCGGAUCCGGGACACCCCCGAAGACAUCUUGCUGGAAGCGCCGGCCUGUGGGCUGGCGCUCCAUCCGGCCCGCGACAUCCUGGCAGCAGGGGACGUGGACGGGGACGUGUUCGUUUUUUCCUACUCUUGCCAGGAAGGAGAAACCAAGGAGCUCUGGUCCUCAGGUCACCACCUCAAGUCCUGCCGAGCUGUGGUCUUCUCUGAAGAUGGGCAGAAACUUGUUACUGUCUCCAAGGACAAAGCCAUCCACUUUCUAGAUGUGGAGCAGGGCCGACUGGAAAGACGUAUUUCCAAGGCUCAUGGUGCCCCCAUCAACAGUGUGCUGCUGGUGGAUGAGAAUGUUCUGGCCACUGGGGAUGACACAGGUGGUGUCCGGCUCUGGGAUCAGCGGAAGGAGGGCCCCUUAAUGGAUAUGCGUCAGCAUGAGGAGUACAUCGCCGACAUGGCUCUGGACCCAGCCAAGAAGCUGCUGCUGACAGCCAGUGGGGAUGGCUGCCUUGGCGUCUUCAACAUCAAGCGACGCCGGUUUGAGCUACUUUCAGAGCCUCAGUCUGGGGACCUGACCACUGUCACCCUCAUGAAAUGUGGGAAGAAGGUGGCCUGUGGCUCCAGUGAAGCUACCAUCUACCUCUUCAACUGGAAUGGCUUUGGGGCCACAAGUGACCGCUUUGCCCUGAGAGCUGAAUCCAUUGACUGCAUGGUUCCAGUCACUGAGAGUCUGCUGUGCACUGGCUCCACUGAUGGAGUCAUCAGGGCUGUGAACAUCCUGCCAAACCGUGUGGUGGGCAGUGUGGGCCAGCAUGCUGGGCAGCCAGUGGAAGAGCUGGCCCUCUCCCACUGUGGCCGCUUCCUGGCCAGUAGUGGCCAUGACCAGCGCCUCAAGUUUUGGGAAAUGGCCCAGCUGCGAGCUGUGGUGGUGGAUGAUUACCGACGGCGCAAGAAGAAGGGACGACCACUGCGGGCCCUGAGCAGCAAAGCGUGGAGCAAUGAUGACUUCUUCUCAGGACUGAGGGAGGAGGGUGAGGACUCCACAGCUCGGGAGGAAGAGGAGGAGAAUGAGGAUGACAGUGACUGAAGGGAUGAGCUGAGUCAGGACAGCUCCUCACCAGGCAUGAGUCUUGCUUCCUGGGAUGGAUCACCAGAGAGAAUAUGAAUUUAUAAUACUCUAUUGUGCAGCUUAAGAAGAUGCAGACAAGCCCAGGACUCCAGGCACUGAUGAGAGCACCUGUAGUGGCUGCUCACUCUACCAGUGUAAGACAAACCCUAAGUUGGCGCAGGACAGCACAGACAUGUGUACACCAACCAGGGGUUUAAUAUAAAUACAACCAGCAUAGAAAAACUCAAAACUAUACAUAAACCAAAACCAGAUGCCAAGAAGUGGGGAUAAAGGCAGAAUUUCUGACCCUUUGGUUCAGCUGACCCUCCAAAUAAAAUCCAACCAAAAGAAA